AUGAAGCUGUUCGUGCUGUUGCUGCCGGCGCUGCUGGCUCUGUCCUCAGCCAGUCUGCAGGAUAUCGUGAAGAAGAGCUCACAGACCAAAAAAGCUGCCUUUAAGGACCCAGCUCUUGGGAACAAGGUUCCUCAAAUCACUGCCAAUGGAUCAACGCUGGCUCUUCUGACUCCUGAAUCUCAGAACGGGCGUGGUCCAAACUCCUACAUGUUUAGUGGCUCCACCCUGGAAUGGCAGACCUGGACCGGCUCUCUGCCCUCCUAUGCUGUUUAUAUUUGGAACAGUUACGCAGAUCGCUACGAAUAUGUCUGCAAAUAUGGGUGUGAGUCUGGCUUCUAUUACCCUAGCUGGGGUAGUUAUUGCUACUACCCCUAUGCAGGGCAAGAGUAUCGUUCUUCCUCAUUUGAGAUCCUGGUGAACAGAGACGACUUUGAGAUCCUGGAGUGGAGCUCAGGUUCCUAUGGUUCAGUGCCCGCCAAUUCAGCCAGGAAUUGCUAUUAUUCGGGUCACACUAAAUAUGUGGGAAAGAAUCAGUACGGUCUGGGGAAGGUACAUGUCGAACACCAAUGCUUCUACCUGCCUUGGGAAGGUGACGAGUAUUGGUACGACACCUACGAGGUCCUGUCCAUCAACAAAAAUAUAUACAAAGAGCACAUGUCAAAUGUCAAGUACAACACCAACGUUGCCAUCAUUGCACUCCCUCCUGAGACCGUCACCAAGUCCACCAUAACAAACUACGCCUGCGACACGGUGGUGAAAACGGUUGUGCUCUCGGGAACGUAUCAGGAGGAGAAAAGAUGGGACACCAGCAUUGCCACCACGAUCGGUGUCAGCAGCACCGUCACCGCCCAAAUCCCAUUCAUCAGCACAAGUAUUGGGUUCAGUAGCGAGACAACUGAGGAAUUCUCCAGUGGAACCACCCAGGUGGAGUCGAAAAGCCACUCUGUCUCUGUGGAGCUAAAGGUCCCACCGAACCACUCCUGCAGUGUCAGCAUGUUGGGAUUUAAGUACAAGGCAGACAUCCCAUUCACAGCUCUCCUUAGCCGCACCUACCACGACGGGAGAACCAAAUCGGCGUGGGUCACUGGGGUAUACUAUGGUGUCAACGUGGGGGGAGUCCAGUCUGUUGUGGAUCGCUGUGAACCUAUACCCAAUUCUAAACCCUGCCGCCAAAAAGAAACAGAAGAGACAUCUUAA